UUGUCAAAGCUUGCAUUCGGAUUCGUAAAUCGUAAUUCCUUCCCUCGCACUCCAUCUCCAAGCCUCCAACCAUGGGAACCUUGGCCAGGCCCACGGCUCUCUACCACCGUCAUAUGCCCCAAACAUUCAAGGGACGCCAGAGCCGCUCAUUCUCGACGAUCCGAGCUUCGUCAAUCGGUGAAGAAAACCCGGUGCACAGACGAAAAGUGGUGUCCACGUUCUUAACAGCUUCACUGGCACUCGGACUUCAGGCAACCCCAAUUGCUCUUGCCGAGAAUUGGGGCACUCGGUCGUUCAUCAAGGAGCGAUUCUUCGAACCGGGGCUUUCUUCGGAAGACGCCGUGGCACGAAUCCGACAGACAGCCGAGGGUCUGCACAGCAUUAGGGGCAUGCUGGAGACCAUGUCAUGGAGGUAUGUCCUGUUCUACAUUCGCCUCAAGACGGCCUAUCUUUCUCAGGAUCUCAAGAAUGUCUUGACAAUUAUGCCGGAAAAUCGCCUGGAUUCUUAUGUAAAGACGGCCAAUGAAUUAGUAGAUAACAUGGCAGAGUUCGAUUAUUAUGUUCGCACACCAAAAGUCUAUGAAUCAUACUUAUACUACGAGAAGACUUUGAAAUCAAUGGACGAUCUUGUGGCAAUGCUAGCCUAGAGUACUUAUAUAUCGGCCGUGUCGUUUCGGCGAUGAAGCUGGUAGUCUGGGUUUCGGUGCCUGCAGAUUCCCUGAGCAACUGGUUCAGAGAAGCGAGAUCUGUAUCUCGUGCCAUUAAUUAUCUCGCUUAGUUAUUGUUCUUAUGUUUUCUUUUCUUUUUUUUUUUCACAAAUGCAUAUGGAAUGAAGAUAAAGUUACAGGUUUCCAAUGAACCGUUGAAUAUCACUAGUUAAAAACGCACUUGAUUCUGUCUCU